GCACUCGGACCUUCCAGCCAGGUGACGCCGCCUGAGACUUUCCCCGUCCCUACGAACAGUCCUCCUCUUGCAUCGUGGCACGCGGCAUUACACGUGUCACCCACUGCAGCAUCUCCGCACCUUCUUUCGACACCGCGAAACUUCUCUCGCCACGCGUCGUCCUAAUCCCCAAACACUAACACACAGAUACAUGCUACCACCUCGACUCCAUUCCUCUUCGGAACGUGCAUUGAUCCAUUCAAAUGUGAUUGUUAUGUGAUUAUUAUUACAUAAUAACUCGGGAAAAAAAAAUUUUAAUAGUAAGCUGAAUCGAAGCUUGAAGAUCGUCGGGCAUUAUGGCGAGCGACGAAUUCCGACUGGUAUCUCCGGCCAUCGACAACGAGGGACGGCUGCCCCGGAAGUACACGCAGGAGGGGCAGGGCGCGCGCAAGAACAUAUCGCCGCCACUCGAAUGGUACAACGUGCCGGAGGGAACGAAGACGCUGGCGCUGGUGGUGCAGGACCUCGACGCUCCGGAUCCUAGCUCCCCCAUCGUGCCGUGGACCCACUGGGUGGUGGUCAACAUUCCCCCGGGGCUGAAGAAGCUGCCGGAGGGAUUCUCCGGGAAGGAGGAGGAGGCCGGCGGCGAGUACGCCGCGAUCAAAGAGGGUAACAACGACUGGAAGGUGCCGGGAUGGCGGGGGCCCAAGCUGCCCACCCACGACCACCGGUUCGAGUUCAAGCUCUGUGCGUUGGACGACGAGAUGCACCUGGGUAAAAAGGUGACGAAGGAGAAGCUGGUGGAGGCGAUGGAAGGGCAUGUGGUGGGAGAGGCGGUUUUAAUGGCAAUUUUCUGAUGCAUUGAGCUUGUCGCAGGGUUAGCGGAUAUGAUUUGUUCAGGACAAAAACUUUAUUGCCGGUAAUGGUGGACUUAUGUAGCCCUUUAUAAGUAUCAGUAUCAUUGUGCAGCUUGUCCAUGUAUUACGACUCUUAUCAGCCAGCAAUAGGUUAACUUUGUAUUGCCUAUUAGCUGCAUUUUCCUUGAUUAAUUAUCAUGCCAAUACAUAUUUUUCCCUUCAAAAA